AUGACUGAACAAUCACAAAACUCGAGUGUUCAAUCUCAGAAUAAUAUAGUAGGAUACACUGAUAAAUAUUUUUUUGGAUCUGGUGAUCAACUAGAUCAACAUCUUGGAGCUCACAAACUCAAUGGAGAUAAUUUUCUUACUUGGAAUCGUGCGAUUACAUUAGCUCUAGGAGCUAAGAAUAAGUUGACAUUUAUUGAUGGAAAAACUCUUAGACCUCCAUCUGAUUCUGAAGAAAUGCAGAAAUGGUUAAGGAAUGACUAUAUGAUUCAGUCAUGGUUACUGAAUUCCAUGGAUAAAGUGAUUGCAGAAGGUUUCAUUCUUCAACAAUCUGCAAAUCAGUUUCAAUAUUACUCCAAAUUGAAGAGAGUAUGGGAUGAAAUUCAGCUUUUAGAUGGAUUUCCUGAUUGUGAUUGUGGUGCUCUUGCAAACUGUUCUUGUGGAAUUUUGAAGAAAGUUCUUGCUGCUGAUCAAAAACAAGAGUUAAUUCAACUUCUUGUUGGUUUAGAUCGAGGGUUGAAUAUGCAACAUGAUUCUUCAAAUCAGACAAGUGCAUUUGUUUCUAUGAAACAACAGACAUAUCAAGGAACCACAACAAUAUCUCAACAUCCUUAUCCAUCUCAAAUUGAUAAAUGUGAAGGAAAUAGAAUCAAGUUUGAUAAAAACAGCAGAAAAUGUGACUAUUGCAAAAAGAAUGGUCAUACAAUGGACCAAUGUUUCAAGCUCUCUGGUGUUUAUCCUGAGUGGUUUCUUAAUACGAAGAAUAGAUCAUCUGGAUGUACAAAUAAAAUGGAUGCACAUGUUGCUGAUAGUUCUGGAGAUUACAUUGCAGCCACUCCUCUAGAUCUUCCUACUGAUAAUUCUGAACAUCAAGUUGAUUCAGCUUUGGUACAAGCUGUCUACAAGCAGAUGAUGAAGAUGGUACAAACUCAGCCUCGUCCAUCUCACAAUUUAGAAUUCACACCUUCAGUGAACUUUGCAGGUAUUAUUACUAUAUCUCAUGUUAAUUCAAAGCCAAAUUUCAAUGAUAAAAAGGCUUGGAUUGUGGAUACAGGUGCAACAGAUCAUAUGAUCUGGGAUAGAAGCUUAUUUGCUUCUUUUAACAUUUUAUCUGACCCCAUUAAAGUUGGUUUGCCUGACGGCACAACCAAGUUAGUUCACAUUAUUGGUACUGUCAAUCUUACAGACAACAUUAUUCUUAAAAAUGUGAUGUUAAUUCCCGAUUUUACUCACAAUCUUUUAUCUGUGAGUAAACUAUUAGCUCAGAAUAACUUGCAAGCCAUAUUCACUCCUGUUGCCUAUCAGUUUCAGGACCCUACAACUAAAGAAAUUCAAGCAAUGGGUCAACAAUAUGCUGGCUUAUACAAGUUUUGUUUUGUUCCCUCUUCUGUUCACUAG